CGAGAGCGAGCGAGUAGCUUUUCCUCCUCCGUUACGCGAGGAGCGCCUCUCUUCUCGCGCCCUUCCUCGCCCGUCUCCGAAGCGGGCCGGGCCGGGCCGUGGCCAGCAGCACCCUUGGGAGGGGCCCCUGUGCUACCGCACUUUGCACAACGCCGCCGCCGCCGCCACUUCUGGAGCCGGUUAAAGCAAGAUGACAGGGAACAUCCAGAGAGUGGCCAAGGAGCUCGAUGAAAUUAAGAGGUCAGGAUUCCGCUGCUUCCAGAAUAUUGAGGUGGCUGUGAACAAUGUCUUCCUCUGGAAGGGACUUUUGGUGCCGGAUGACCCUCCGUACAAUAAAGGUGCCUUCUGGAUUGAGAUCAGCUUUCCGAAUGAAUAUCCCUUCAAGCCCCCCAAGGUGACUUUCAAGACUAAAAUCUACCACCCCAACGUGGAUGAGAUGGGUCGGGUGUGCCUGCCAAUCAUCAGCACUGUGAAUUGGAAACCUUUCACAAAGAUAGACCAAGUGAUCCAGGCACUGAUAGCAUUGGUGAAUAAGCCUGAACCAGAACAUCCGCUGCGUGCCAGCCUGGCCAAGGAAUUCACUGAGGAUCACAAGCGUUUCCUGUCCAAUGCAGAAGAUUACACCUGCAAAUUCAGUGAGAAGCGGCCACCGUGCGAGUGAUCUGUCCACCUCAACCAGUGCCUCCCCAACUUCUCUGCCUUCCUGUUUCACUAGUUGGCAGGAGAGUUUUCCAUUUAUGCACAGUCCUGGUGGGACAGAAGGUGUGUGGCACUAAGACCGCCACUCCCACAAUUGCCUGUCCACAAAGUAACAGAUUUAAUGGAAUCCUGGAUUGCUCUGGCUCUUGACAUGCAACUCUGAGACUAGGGGAGCAGGUCUCAGGGGGACAUGGCAUUUGGUGUCUCUACUUGAGAACUGGUGCAGUUUCAUUAUCAGAGGCUUCUUCCUUGCAUUGGGUAGCCUCUCUCUCCUGCUCCCCCACCAAGCAUUCUGAUCAUUUUGCUUUGCACUUUAAACCCCUCUGCUGUUAACAUUCCCAGGGAAAAGCAGAGACGGAUCAAGACACAAAUGACAUUCUUUAGUUUGACUCAGACCUUCUCUCCGUUUUGAGCUUUUGAAAUAGGAAAUGAGGUGGUGACCUGCCAGGAAGUGUCUGUGACAGGAGCAGGCAGAGACAUGGAGCCAGCACUGUUGCCAACAAUACGUUGUUAAAAAAUAUUUUUUUCCUGUAAAAUAUGCCUUAACAGCUCAGUCCUAAGUGCCAGCAUGUAAACAUUAAUAAUAAUUAUAAUAAACUCUUCAUCCUACUACA